GGUAAGUUUCUGCCUAUUUAUUUAAAACCCUAACAACAACCUCUCAACCUGAAAACCCAAACUUGAAACAAGAAUUCUCUCGUCUCGUCUCUCCUCCGCCAUCGCCCCGAAUAAUAGAUUCGAUUCCGAGUUCCGACCAAGGUUGUUAUAAACUGUGAAGCAUGGCACAAGAUAGCUGGAACAAAGAGACCGAGGAGACUGAAUGCUGCACGCCGGAAGGUCCGAUUCUGUGUGCCAAUAACUGUGGCUUUUUUGGGAGUGCAAUGACCAAUAAUUUGUGCUCCAAGUGCUACAGAGACUUCAUCAUGAUGCAACAGUCUGUUGCUGCUACACCUGUUAUAGGAGUUGAGAAGGCAGCUCCUACUGCUUCUUCUUCUGUGCAAUUGGAACCUAGUAUUGAAAAGUCUGAUAAGUUGGAUGGAGGCAAUCUCAUGAAUGUUUGCAAAGACCAAUUAGAGGAUGCUUGCAACAAGCAACCAGCAAAUCGCUGCUUUCUAUGCCGGAAAAAGAUUGGGUUGACUGGGUUUAAAUGCCGGUGUGGAGGCACAUUUUGCUCAGCUCACCGGUACUCUGAGACCCAUGAAUGUUCGUUUGACUACAAGAGCGCUGGUCGACAGUAUAUAGCCAAAGAAAAUCCUGUCGUGAAGGCAGAAAAGAUUCGGAAAAUUUAAGUUGAUGUCUGAAAUUGAAAUUAUUAGGAUCGAACGGAGGUCACUCCUAGUUUCUGAGGCAUAAGUUUGGUGUUAGUUCUCUGUUGAUCCCCGAGUCGAUGUCCUUUCCAGCGAAGCACUAGAAGUGAAGUCCUUUUCUUAUUUUUUUAUUGUAAUUAGUAGUGUCAAUGAAAUGCCUUGUAACCAUUCAUGUUUUGCUUAUCAAGUGCUAAAUACCAUUUCUUUCUAAUA